AUGCUGUCAGUUGCACGGGAAGCCUUCCGUGCUGGGGACUUCAACCUCCUUGCUGAGAUCUACAGCUCGCAGCUGGCGGACCUCCGACACCCGGACCGGAGCCUCUGCCUCCUGAAAGCGGACGCGCUCAGCAGGGCUGGGCGGAUAGCGGAGGCUCUGGAUUCAUACUGCACCGCCGCCAACUUGGACAAUAAUAUAGGCCUCAGCGCGCAAGCCCCCUAUAUGUGUGGGCUGCUGGCCCGACGGGCAGAGCUGCAUAUGGAGAUGAACAGCUUCAGACAGGCCCUACAGGAUGGAGACGCCAUGUGUCGACUGACGCCCCUCUCUCCCAAGGCUCACUACGUGAAGGCCCUGGCUCUGAACAAAGCCGGUUAUAAUGAAGAGGCCCUGCAAGAAUACUUCUACUGUCUGGCUUUGAAGCCAGACUGGACCUCAGUCAAGCUGGAAACGCAAAAGUUAAGCUACUCCGCUAUGCUGAGUGAGAUGUUCUCCACGUUCAAGACGGACGGUCUCCCCACGUCAUCACUCCGCCCCCACCAAACAGGCCCCGCCUCCCACCUCAAACCAGCCUCCCUUCUCCUCGACUCCCUCCAUUCCACCCCUCGUAGAUGGAACCAAACCCCUACUGGCCGUAGAGACAGUUUGUCUGACACCGGAGCAGAGACCAAGUCCUCAUGUGAGGACUCCAAGACCCUGGCUUGUGUCCUGGCUGCCUUACCUCUCCCCCCUGUUCUAAAGAGGAAGCUCUCAGACGAGCCCCAAGGCUCUGCACCCCCCAACAAGCUGCCCAGAAAAGAUGAGUCAAGCUCAUCCCAGAUGCCUGCUGCUUGUUGCAGUGAGAGGAGAGAGGUGCCCCCUCAGCUCCUGGAUAGUGCUGACAUGGACUGUUCUGUUUGUAUAAGGCUGUUCUACGAGCCAGUCACCACCCCCUGUGGACACACCUUCUGCAUGAAGUGUCUUGAGCGCUGUUUGGACCACAACCCCAACUGCCCGCUGUGUAAAGAGAACAUUACAGAGUACUUGGCCACUAGAGGGUACCAUAAGACCCUGCUGAUGGAGGAGGUGCUGCAGCGCUACCUGUCUGAGGAGCUGGCUGAGAGGAGCAAGGUGCACCAGGAAGAAAUGGCAGAGCUGUCAAACUUGGCCCAGGAAGUGCCCAUCUUCAUCUGCACCAUGGCCUUUCCCACAAUUCCCUGCCCUCUGCAAGUCUUCGAGCCGUGUUAUAGGCUGAUGAUCCGAUGCUCUACGGAGACGGGAACCAAGCAGUUUGGAAUGUGCAUCGCUGACGACAUCAAAGGCUUCGCAGACUACGGCUGCAUGUUGGAGGUGACAGACGUGAAGUUCCAACCAGACGGGCGCUCGGUGGUCGACACGGUCGGAGUGUCCCGCUUCAGAGUGCUGAGCCACGGCCACCGUGACGGCUACAACACAGCCAAGAUAGAGCACCUGGAGGACCAGAAGGUGGAUGGAGAGGAGCUGGCGGAGCUGCAGAAGCUGCAUGACUUUGUGUACGAGCAGGCCAGCACCUGGUUCACCUCCCUCAAAGACAACAUGAAGAACCAGAUCGUCAGUCACUUUGGACAGCUGCCUGAAAAAGACCCUGACAUACAGGGGAGUGCCAGUGGUCCUGCAUGGUGUUGGUGGCUGCUGGCUGUACUGCCCCUGGAGAAGAGAGCCCAGCUAAGCAUCCUGGCCAUGACCACCCUCCGAGAGCGCCUCAGCACCACCCGCCGCGUGCUCAGCCUCGUCACACGCAAACACCCUCCACCGCGGCGACCAUCUUCAGCAGCGGCAGCAUCAUCAUCACUGUAG